GCCUAUCACAGCACCCUACACAACGCGAGAAAACAGUUGACCGCAUAACACCCUCUCAUACGCAACCUGUUCGAGAUAAAUCUCGUCCACGCAUCAAUAGUGAAAAUUUUUACCGUAACGCAACGCAUUUUCCUCCCAUACACAAAGUGCACGUGUUUAAAAACGAAAUCACCUCAAAACGAGGCGAUCAAAACAGACAAAGCGGUAAAAAUAAUAGGAAGCAAAAAAAACGGAAAGUGAAAAACACGUUGCUUAAAGUUCCGUUGACCUUUGGUGCGCAUGAGCGAAAACAUGUCAAAUAUGAGACACAAACCGUAGGAGAAGCAACAUUGAAAUUGAUUUCUGAAGCAGUGUCUCAAAGUGCACGAUUGUUGGAGGAAAAGUUUGUUUGUUUGUGAGAAUAACCGCACAAUUUUCGUGAUUUUUUAAGUGAUCCACAUCCAAUAUUCCCAAAAGCAAUGUGUUGAACAAUAAUAGCAGGUUUCAGUCUAUGAAACUAUACUCAGGAUCAUCAUUGAUUGCAAGCGACGCGCGGCCUAUAGCUAGUACAAACAUAUUUAGGCUUUCUUGUAGAACACCAAACCCAUUUCUAACUAAAUAUAUCAGUCAGAAAUCAAAGCCAUCAACUCUAAACGAAUCAGUGCACAAAGUUAAAUAACUAUAAGAUUCAGAGCACGCUUAUCAAGCAAAUAGAUGGCAACGCUGUUGAGGGGUUUUUCGAACUUUUUCAACAAACACCCUUUGGCGGGAAAUGGUUUGGUCUACGGAAGCUUGUACGUGGGGGCGGAAUUUUCUCAGCAAACAAUUACAAGAAAAUUCCUGACAGAUCCCCCACAAGAUCUUGAUAAACCAACGCUUGGGCGCUAUGCCAUCAUGGGGACAUUCAUAUAUUCUCCCAUUCUCUAUAACUGGUACAAAUGGCUCGAUAAGACGUUUCCAGGUACUGCAAGGCGGAUCAUCGUCAGGAAGCUUUUGCUGGAUCAAUUCAUUCUGACGCCCCCCUUGUUGGUGAUAUUUUUCACAGGAAUGUCCCUGAUGGAGCGACAGUCGAAUAUAAUGGAAGAGUGCAAGCAAAAAUUCGUGCCGACUUUCGCUCGGUCCUGCCUAUUCUGGAUGCCGGCGCAGACCGUCAACUUCCUCCUAGUGCCUCCCAAAUUUCGUGUGGUAUACGUCGGCUCGUGUGCCCUUGCCUGGGUCAACAUUCUAUGCUGGGUCAAGCGCCAGAAGAUGACUGCCAAAUCGUCAGAAACGCACUGAGCACAAAACCGAAAGCAAACCGUAGAUAGGAUAAUCUCACUGUGACUAGUGAACUUUUUUUUAGAAUACUUCUUCAAAAUCACCUUAACUCCAAAAUGUUUAGCGAUUACGGUAUUCAAUAAAGAAUUUAACGUCUGUUUUUCUUUUACGG